GGCCAUUACAAAGGUUAUUUAAAGUAGGGUUGCGUACAGAAAAAUAAAUGUUUUAAGUAAAAUAAAAUUAGGGUUAAGAACAGAGUGACCGACCCGAUUCUUCAAGAUUGGGUUUCGUUUCUUCUUUUGAGUAAACCGCUACCAAAACUUUUCUCCAGUCUCUGCGUAUCGUCGCCGCACUCUCACCUUUCUCUUCAAUCUUCUACGAAGCAAUCUAUUUCAGAAAUGUCGGAGGACGAUGAAUAUCGCUGUUUUAUCGGUAACUUGUCAUGGUCAACUUCUGAUCGAGGAUUAAAAGAUGCAUUUGAGAAGUUUGGCCAUCUUGUUGAUGCAAAGGUUGUACUUGACAAGUUCUCUGGACGAUCUCGUGGAUUUGGUUUUGUUACAUUUGAUGAGAAGAGAGCAAUGGAAGAUGCCAUUGAAGCAAUGAAUGGAAUGGACUUAGAUGGCCGUGCUAUUACUGUUGAUAAAGCCCAGCCUCAGCAAGGUUCAGGUAGAGAUUUUGACAGUGAUCGACCUCGUGACCGUGACCGAGAUCGGGGUCGUGACCGCGAUCGCGGUAGCCGUGAUUAUGGUGGUGGUCGGGGAUCUGGUGGUGGAGAUUGCUAUAAUUGUGGUAAGCCAGGACACUUUGCCAGAGAAUGCCCUAGUGAAGGGAAUAGAGGUGGUCGGUAUGGUGGUGGAGGUGGACCUGACAGGAACGGAGAUCGAUAUGGAAGCCGCAACAGCAGAGAUGGUGGUGGUCGUGAAGGAGGUGAUCGUUAUAACCGUGAUCGUUCUGGGCCAUAUGAUCGUCGCAGUUCUGGAGGCUAUCGAAGCUGAUACUUUAAAUUGUGCUGAAGAGUUAAAAGUCCUACUAGCUGGAUGCAAAUGUUUUGGUGUAUGUCUACUUGGUGCCUUGUUUCCCUGGCCUGUCAGUGGAAUCAUUUGAGCUCAUGAAACCUGGCUGUUAUAAACUACUGUUCUAUGUCCGUAAAUGUUUGAUAACAUGGUUUGAUUGGGAUCUUAUGCUUUGCUUACUUUGCAAAUUUGAAUAUGGCCUCACACUUUCGAAUGCCAUUUGAAAA